AUGCCAGCGAUAAUUGGGCGAUCCAAAUAUGAUGUUUUCAAGUUUUUACUUACUCGAAUGAAGGAUCGUCUCGCGUCUUGGAGGCAACAUACUCUCUCGGAUGGAGGUAAGGAGGUUUUGAUUAAGGCGGUGUUGAAUGUUAUUCCUACCUAUAUUAUGUCUGUUUUUCGGUUAUCGCAUAAGUUGUGUCUGGAGCUAAUGAAGCAGGUGAGGCUAUUUUGGUGGAGGAAGCAUGGUAAGCUUAACUAUGUGCAUUGGGCUUUAUGGAAUUUACUUUGCCAUAGUAAGAAGGAUGGUGGGCUCUGUUUUAGAGAUCUUGAAGCUUUUAACUCAGCGUUGUUGGCGAAAUAUGCUUGGAAUUUCCAGGAGUUGUUUCAGAGAGGAUUACGCUGGGUGAUGGGAGAUGGUGUUUCUAUCCAUAUUUUGAAGGAUAAAUGGAUCCCUGGUAUUUCUAUGCCUUUAGGGUCAAGGGAGUCCGCAGAUGGUUUUGACAGGGUUGCUGACUUGAUGGAUGGGUCUGAGCUUGUUCGUCAAGGUCGUUUGGACAAUCCGGUCUGCCAGCAAUGUGGGGUGGAUGUGGAAGAUGUUAGCCAUAUUUUUUUCCGCUGUUAUCAUUCGGUGCAGGUAUGGAAGUUGUCCCCCCUUCAUUCGGAUUUUCUUGCACAUCCCUCAUCUUUUUUUCUUGAAUGGUGUGAUGUAAUUACGGGUGUAUCAGUGCUUUCCGAGGAGCGUAAGUCUAUUCUUGUGGGUCUCGCUUCAUUUUGUCUAUGGGCGAUUUGGAAGGCUCGAAAUAAAAUAAUUUUUGAGCAGACAGAAUGGAAUCCUUUGGUGGUGGUAAAUUUGGCCUUGACUAGAUUUUGGGAAUUUGUUAAUGUGCACAAGAAAUGCCAACUAGUCAUUCAUCCUUCGAAGCGGACUGAUGCCCCUUCCCGCUGGAGCCGGCCAGUGCAUGGUGUUGUUAAAUGUAAUGUUGAUGCUUCUUUCUCGAAGCUUUCUCAGCUGGGAGGUGGAGGUGCAGUGUUUCGGGAUUCCUCAGGUUUGGUUCUUCAAACGGUAAUUUUUAAGUCUUUUGUGUCUUCGUCCGUGCUAGAGUCGGAGUCUUUUUGCUUUAGCCGUGCUGUCUUUUGGGCCAGAAUGUUUAAAUUUCCGAUGGUUUGCUUUGAGUCGGAUUUUAAAAAGGUGGUGGAUACAAUUGGAGGAGUUUGUUCUAGUGAUGUUUCAAUUGUUUCUUUAGUCUCUGAGAUCAGACAAGAGCUUCAAUAUUUUUCUAUUUUUUCCAUUUUGCAUGUCCGGCAACAGGGUAAUCGAGUGGCGAAUGCUCUUGCUAGGCUUUCAAAGAUUAGUACGUCUACGGAUUUGGUGCUCCAGUCACUGCCACUGCUGAUUUGUAAGCUUGUGGAGCUGGAUCUAUUGGAUGUUGCGAGCCUGCGUCUUAGUUUUGUUGUUGUUUUUAAUGAAGUCGGCCGGAAGUGGUGA